UCCCGGAAGUGACGCGUUGCCCCGUUGGCUGUGCGGAAGUGGAGAUGGCGGAGCUGUACGUGAAGCCGGGCAACAAGGAGCGCGGCUGGAACGACCCCCCGCAGUUCUCGUACGGAUUGCAGACACAGACAGGCGGGCCCAAGCGAACGCCGCUCACCAAGAGGGUGGCAGCCCCGCAGGAUGGAUCCCCGAGAGUUCCCACAUCAGAGAUCCUUCCGGGGCACCCCCCAGUUGGACCACCACCUCUAAGUAAGGCUCCCGGGCCUCCACCUGGGGAGAGAUGUUCCUCUUCCUGUGUGGAGUCUACAAGUUCCCCAGUCGUUGAGUCUGAGGCUCUGAUGGAGGAUGUUCUGGGUCCUUUGGAACAGGCAUUGAAGGACUGUCACGGCCACACAAGGAAGCAGCUAUGUGAUGACAUCAGCCGCCGCCUGGUGCUCCUGCGGGAACAGUGGGUUGGAGGGAAGCUGUCAGUUCCUGUAAAGAAGAGGAUGGCUCUGCUGGUGCAAGAGCUUUCAAGUCACCAGUGGGAUGCAGCAGAUGACAUACACCGCUCACUCAUGGUGGACCAUGUGACAGAAGUCAGUCAGUGGAUGGUGGGAGUUAAAAGAUUAAUUGCAGAAAAGAGGAGUCUAUCUUCAGAGGAGGCCGCCAACGAAGGGAGAUCUGAAGCCGCAGCUGAGAACGAGACCAGGCCAGGCUUUCAGCAGGUGCCAUAAUCCUGCUGGUUCCCUGGACUCACACCACAUCACCUAUGCCUUGAUGUGGCAGGACUUUUCUCACUUGGUUCCUCACCACUAGGGACGCUGUCCUAUUGGCCUGACCCACGUGUAUGGGAAAAGGAACUAGGCAAUAGGGCCGCCACUUGUGACCCCAAACAUGCAUUUCAAUAAAAACAUCUCGGUGGUGGGCCUCCGGUAGGACAUGAGCCCUUCCUGUGCCAA